UAAAUUUUUAAUCUAUACCAGGCCAUAAACUCAAAAAAAAAAUCAGCGAAUCACAAAGCAAAGAAAAACCAAAGCCAACAACGGCCAUUUUUAAUUUACAUUCACUUCACAGUAGUGUACUGUUUUUAUUUUUUGUAGUGUUAAUGAAUUGUGAUUUGUUGCUAUAAUUUAUUGAAUAAGUAAACUAAUUUAACUUCGUUAUUAUUUAGAUGUCAGGUGGUAGACUUAUAGUGCUGGACCGCGCUGGUCGCGAUGCCAAGCAGUAUGCCCUUUCAGAGGGUUUGGCCACCCUUGGCUCGGACUUGGCUUGUGACAUCCGCCUAAUGCUACCAGCAGUCAGUCCCCACCAUGCCACUGUUAUGGUACAGGCUAAUCAGACUGUGGUACAAAGUGUAUCUGAAGGUGUCACUUUGCUGAAUGAUGUGCCAGUAAGUGUAGCUGUACUCAGGCACGGUGAUAUCAUUUCUAUGGGUGGACGUGCUCUACGCUGGGAGUAUUCACAACCACAGCACAGGUCCCUCUCUAAACCACAACCACCAUUGGUAGUAAUAAACAAGACUCGAAGCAGAGGUAAGGGUCACAGAAGUCGGUCCAGUGAUCCAGUACUCCAUGAUAUGCAUGCUCAUAAUCAGAGAGCUUCAUUACCUGCUUCAAGUAUGAAGCAAGUGGCAAUAGUUCAACCGCAGAGAAGAAAUGUGAUGCAGGGAGAACCAAAUUGCACUCCCGAAUUGACUGAUUCUAGUCAAAUUGAAAACACGGAAAAUGAAAACACUCAAGAAACAAUUACGAGGAAAUCAGCGCGGCCGAGCCAAAAAAGUCUCCAAACAAAUACUAAGGCAUCAGAAUGGAUUGAGUCGCGUAAAAGCUCGCGAGCGCCUAUCACACCGACACGAACACGGAACACACCGUCAGAUUUACAAUCUCGUACUAAAUCUGCAACACGACCAGUGACACAGAGAGACACACAAUUGCGUUCAAAAUCCUUGGCGUGUAUACCGUUAGAAAUUGAAGGAGAAAACACAAAGGUGACUUUAACACCGAGACAAACACAGUCACGUUCCAAAAUCCUAGAAGGGACACAAAUAGAAACAAAAUCAACUCGGGCGAGUCUCACACCGAAAGAAACACGUGAAGUCCGGUCAAGGUCGGCAGUUACACCGAUCGACACAAAAGAAUCCAAGUCCAGUACACGGAAAUCCCUUACACCAAGAGAUGCCCCAUCAGAACCCGAAGUUACAUCGAAACAAACAAAAACUCCAAUACGGACUACACCGAGGCAAACACAAUCAAGUUCAAAAGUGGAAGUUACCCCAUUACAAUCAAGAACACAAGCAAAAUCAGUACGGGCCUUUACGCCUACACACAAAUCGCGCACCAGUACUUUGGGACCCGUGACCAACUCAGUUAAAUCACGAAAGGCGCUUACAAGGGAAUCGGGAAAAUCUUCAAUUAUACCAAGACUAUCAAAAACACAGCUAGCAAUUACACCGACAGGAAACCGUGAAUUGUCGCGUUCAAAUAUACUUGCAGAAAGAACACCGUUGAAUCAUUCGAAAUCUUUGUUGCCACGUUCUGCACGCACACCGUUAAGUACCUCAACUUCUGUACAAAGUACCUCAACUUCUGUACAAAGUACCUCAACUUCUGUACUAAGUAGGUCUCGACUGACAAGUACGCCGAAAUCGUCAAAUAGACAGACACCGUUCCCAGAGAAGCGCGUGCUACCACCACGAGCAAGAACGUUAACACCGCGGGCUCAACAGUUCGCCAUGAACAAGUCGUCUAUUACGCCGCGGACUUGGCGCGAUACGUCGCUUCGCUUGACGGUGUUACGAAAGACCCACAGGCCAGUUAAAAUACAGGCACCUACGUUGAUUGACCACACUAAGCAAGCUGCUUUAUUGCUGAUGACACGUCACACGAAGUCAAAGUCUCCGAACGCGGUAUCUACUGUUGUGAUAAAACCAACUCCAAUGCCAAAAUCACUGAAAAGAAGCUCUCGGGCACUAAGAGAAAGCUUGGCGAGAAAACGAAAUACUUCUGUGCUAAGCACUAGCGACGAUCUUUCAACGCGAAGAAGUUUAUCUUGUCAAUCUGCACGAAAAAGUGCCAUGAAAUCUACUCUUAAGGAUCCAAGCAGUGCACGGAAAACAGAAUCAAUUAAAUUCGAUCUUAGCAAUCUAGAACAUGAUACUGAGUCCGAUCGAUUAAGAUCCUCAGUGGAUACGACAAAUCAGACUUUUGAUAGUAUGUCAAGUCAAUACGUCUCACCACCUUCAAGAAGAUCUAUACAGUCCAGAAGCAGUCGUAUCAUCGAAAAGACUUUGGGUAGUCCUAUGACCGUAACUGAAACUACCGAAACUUCAAUCGCUACCUCUCCUAAGUCCAGGUCUUCGCGUGGUUCUCUAAUUGUCCAGAAAGCUCUCGAAGAAACUCUUAAAACACAAAAUAACACAUCAGGACAAACAAAUCUAACAAAAACACUAAGUCCACGUGCCGAAACCUAUUCAAUAGUGGAUUUGGUCUCUUGCGAUUCUAAUGCUACGGAAUAUAAUACGAUUGAUUCCACGCCUUUUGGAACCCCUCGAAGUCACAGGAAAACCAGAUCUUUCGCUGUAACGUUACCUUCCAGCACACCGUAUAAAGUGCCGGUAAGUUUGAAAUAUGAGAAUGCGAAUGACACACCGCCACAUGCAGAGUCACCUGAAGUUAUUACACCCCAAAAUGAUGAAAAUAAUAAGCCUGUUGCGAGUACUAAAGUUUCCAAGAGGUCCCGGAGCAAAUCUAGGUUAAACGAUAGUGAUCUAUUCCUAUUGGAAGACGAAGAUUCUCCGAGAACGUCGAAAAGGGCUGAUAAAUCGGCUACCACUUCUUUCGACGUUUCUCAUUUAAAGAGAAAAUUAUCGCAAAGCCUCACCGAGUCUGAUGCAGAGUCAGAUAAAAGUGACAAAAUUGUAUUUGUCAAGGCCCCUAAAAAUAGUUUAAGUAAUGUCAGAGUAAAAGAACUAUUUGCUAAAUCUCCUCAAAAUGACCUACGCUUUGUUUCGGGAGUAAAGACCUUAUUCAAAUCGUUGAGAAAGCAAAAUACACCUAAAAAUACUCUAGAAGAUGUGAAAGGAGUCAAAAGAUUAUUUAGAGAGAAAGAAAAAUCGCCUAAGAAUACGCUAGAGGACGUAAGUGGAGUUAAAGGGUUAUUUAGGAGAAGUCCUAGGAACAAUUUGAGAGUAUCUGGAGUAAAGGACGCUUUACGUAUAAAAUCGCCCAAAAAUGAUUUAACUGAUGUGCGCGGGGUGAGGCGUUUAUAUCGACUGGAAAAAGAACGAUAUAGCAGCAACGUAAGCGGAAUUCAAGAAAUGUUCAAUGAAAUUUCAGAAAUGGACACAACAUUUGAUCUACUAAUGAACAAGCCUCCAUUACGGACAUAUAAAGCAGCGAGUGCGCAGAAAAUGAAUCUAAAACAAAAAACACGCCAAGCAAAAUCUUUGUACGAUUCGACUUCAAUACACGUGGAUGGUUGGAUGAAGAAUAAUGAAGUCAAAGUGUACAACGAAAACAGUUUGCCUAUUAAGAAAAGGUCACUUAAGACUUUUUUGCCUAUAAAGAAAAGGUCACUUAAAGUGCCUUUAAAAUCGACUCCAGUUAAAGGCAAUGUGACGCUAAACUCCACAGAGUUAUGCCAAAUCUCUCCAAUCUCUAAGCCAGCACCUGUUGAUACAGCCGGAACAUCACAAUCAGAUUACCACACCAUUGACAUCAGCGUUAAUAAUAGUUCCGUAUCACUCGGGAGGACGACACGAUCCACAAGACAAAAUCGCAGCGCCUUGAAAAAUAGCACUUUUACUAUUAAAGAGACAAUUACUGAAGAAAAACCGUCCACAGCACUAGUGAUUCACAAAAAAUCUCCAGUUAUCAAAUCGGUCAGAAAAACGCGUCAACGGGUGCAAGAGCAAUCAGAUAGUGUCCAAAACAAAGAAAUUUCGGAAUCGAAAGGCGAAAAAUUAAGAACGAAAACCACACGACGAACAGUCAAAACGUCUGAACAAGAAGCAGCAAUUUCAGUACCAAGAAUGACACGUUCUAAAGCAACAUCGCCACGGAAAUCCAAUGUUAGACGCGUCUCGAUUGUCAUAAAAACACCAAUGCCGAGAAUGACGCGUAGAGGCAAAAUCCCGGUAAAAGAAGAGAAUGAUAAAGCGGUCCUAAGUCCUGAACAAAAUGAAAUACCCACUGUUAACGGUGUUUUAACGAAACUAACACCAAAAAUUUCGAAAACGAAAAGAGUUUCCGUUGUAAUUCCGGCGAAAACCGCCCUCGCUUCAGCUAGGAAAACUCGAAGUAGAGUAGCCGCUCUCAACAAGGAAGUAACUGAGCCAAAAAAGGCUACAAAAGGGACUAUUGCAACCGCUACGACAACUCGGAAGGGUAGGGGUAAAGCUGUCGAAGUUGAACCUGCUGAAAAUGAAGUUAUAGAAAAACCAAAAAGAGGCGGAAGAAAACAAGUAGAAAAGAAGAAUCCAGAAGUCCUGGUAAAGGAUGAAAUUGAGAAACCUGUUAUUACCAAAGUUGAGAAGAAAACUCAAAAAGGAAAGAAGGCGGUCCCAAAAGCGAAAGAAACUGUGCCAUCGACAAGCCGGAAGAGGAAAUCGCCCGACACUACGCCUGUCGAAAAUGAAGAUAUUGAAAAACCAAAAAGAGGAAGAAAAAAAGCGGUUGAAAUAGCUGUCAAAGAGGUUAAGAAGCAAACUGAAGUAAAGACGCGAGCAAAAGCUAACGUUCAGGCUAGCUCCAGUAAAGAGGAUAACAAAAUAGCUCAACCCAAAGGAAAAAAGGUCGCGCCAGCUCAAGAAACAAUAGCGCCCUCUACGAGUCGUAAGAGGAAAUCUCCCGAUGUCACUCCUGCUCAGAAAGAAACAUCUGUAGCCGCUAAAAGGGGAAAGGCAGCCGAAAUUACUGUGCCGGCUCGCUCGACUCGCUCUAAAGCUGAGUCUCAACCAAAACUGCGCGGCCAAAGAAGAUAAAAGUCAACGACGCUGUUUAAUGUUAAGUUCAGUACAAAUUACAUUUAAGUUAAAAUUUAUCAAUUUGUGUCCGUUGUAAAUUUUAUGAAAAUUAGGCUGGCAGCAUACACACGUUUUCCGUAUUCAAUUUCCGAAUGCGGAAUUUCGAUUUGGAAUCCCGUGAGACUAGCGCAAACAUUCGUUUUUCUUCAUACGGAAUGUAAACAAUCAGACAUCAGUACUGAUAGUGAUACCGUGGUGAACGCACGACGAUUUAUUAUUAUCAAUUACAUUUUUCAUUUAACAAUAAGAAAAAGAAACGUCGGUAUUGGGUACAUCCAUUGAACACUCGAAAUAUGUUCUCCCAGGCCAAAUCUUUGCCAUCUCUGUUGUGAUAGUCGUUGUCAUGAAUACUCCACAGGCAGGGGUAUUUUUCAACAGCAAAUAUUAAUAUUUCUGCCUCACACAUUUUCGUGUUGCAUUUCUAUGGCGUAACAAAUAUAGAAAUACGUCCGAUGCACGCGGCGCUGGCGCGAUACUGAAUAGAAAUUUCCGAACGUAUGCGCCGGCUCAAACAAAAUGUAUGCAAGCGUUGCGUUCCGCGUGACGUCAUUAGGUUUCUCCGAACGUGCUUACUUGCACUCGAAACGUACGUGCGGAAUUUAUUCCGUUCGGAACAAAAGCAAACGUGUGCGUCAGUUAAUACAUCUUCUACUGUGGAAAUCGAAAACGGAAAACGUGUGUAUGCGCUUAGCCUUAUGAUUGUAAAGAGUUCUUAGAACGUUUAAUUAUUUGAUAGUCAUUUAUUGCAGUGUAUUGAACUGAUAGAUUUGACGGUUUUAUAUUAUUUUAAUUUUAUGUAAGUCCUCUCAUAGAGGCUCGGUUUUUAAAGUUAAAAUUGUGUAACGUGAUUAAAUAAGGUGUUACUGUAUUUUAUAAUAAUCAAUGGGAAAUGAAUGACUUUUAAUUAUGUUUUGUAUUAAGAUAUUCCCAAAUACAUAAUCAAGUCUGCUAAAAAUUUCGCUUUUCGAAGAGUAAUUUAAAAAAAAAAGUUGUGGUUAUUUUCAUUAGCCUUUAAAUAAUUGAGCAUAAGUUUGCUUACACUAGCGUUAUGUUUAGUAAUUAUUAUCAAGUUGUAGUUUAUUUCUUUAAUUAUAACAAUUUUAUUUUUAAUUUACUAUUACUUUAUGAAUAAGCGUUUUAUCUAUUUUUGUAAUGAUUCAAGCUCAUCUGCUGACUGUACUUUAAUCAAAACAUUGCCAAUUGUAGGGUUAAAUAGUAUUUUUGUAUUGUUUUAAGUAAUUAAAGAAAUUUAAAGUGUU